GGCUCGCACCUCGACUUCUCGCACGUGUACGUCUUCGACCGGGUCUUCUCGCCGACGACGAUGGCGUCGCUCGCGCGCGUGCUGCAGCGCUCCCCCUUUCGCGUGCUGGUGAGCUACCGGACGGCGAGCGAGUGGUGGGAGCAUGGCCUCAGCGUGGUGCAGCCGGUCGCGAAGCUGCGCCUCUCCAGCACGGGCAAGGAGGGGAUGACUUGCUGGAUCUACAUCAACAUGCGCUACGCCCCGCGAUGACAGCCGUCACGCCGGCGGCGGAGGUCGGCCCCCGCGCUUGGGCGGCCUGAGCCGCUGUGGCGCGAGCCCGCCGCCGCCGGGAAGGAAUAAAAGGAGUCGGUGAUUUAGCUUCGCCGUUCCUCGUCUCUAUUAGUGUGUCUUGUGUACGCACGUACAGAUCCACGGUGUGGAGGCCUUACAAACAUAACCUAGAGAGGG